UAGCCCGUCCUUGUUUUACACACACACACACACACCUCAACACCGCAGUGUAUGAAUGUGACUGACCACAAUAGCAUGAAGUAACAUAAACUAACCAUGGACAGAACUUUCCUGACCACCCUGACCCUCGUCCUGCUAACAGGGUCACUGUCUGCUGUUGUCAUCAUCGGUCCGGAGGAUGCUCUGAUUGAGAAUAAAAGCUGGGCUAAUCUCACAUGUGUAGGAAAUAACAUGGACCUCGUCCUCACCGUGGAGUGGAUGAAGAAUGGGCGGAGUCUGUCUCCAUCCGACAGAAUCCAGUUCUCACCAGAUAACACCUCAAUACUGAUCCAACCAGUGAACAGAACAGACAGCGGAGUCUAUGAAUGUACCCUUAACAAGAACAGCAGCGCCACCUACAGCCUCACUGUCAACUAUGGGCCAGACGUAAUGGUUUUGGGUGCGACUCGUCUGGAGGAAGGUUCUGAUAUUGUGUUCCACUGCUGGGCUGAUUCUUACCCCUUGGUCUCCAUAAACUGGACAGUAAAUGAUAAAACUGUUGAAGACCCUCAGCUGAUAUUAAUCCCCAACUGUGAUUCCAGCAACAGUGGAAACUACACCUGCACUGCGUUCAACAACAUCACCGGAAUUACAGGGUCUGCACAGCACUUCCUGACUGUCACAGGUAAACACUCAGGGGGGCUCAGUCCUGGGGCUGCAGCCGGAAUCACAGCAGGUGUUAUUCUGGGAUUAGAAGCUUUGAUUGUGCUCCUGUUUUUCCUCAUAAUGCACUUUAAAAAGUCAUCUGAGCCCAUCUGUACAAUCCCAAAACCAAAGAAAGGCAAGCAGAAGCGCAAAGUGUCCAGGAGCUCCACAGGGCUGGAGUUUAAAAACCCUAACACUACACGAGCCACACCCAAAGCUCGAACUGAAAGUCGUCCAGCUACACCUUUGCCAGCUAUAACUCGUGAAAACAAACCAAAAGAGUCCAUUUAUGAGAACAUCCGUGAGAACCAACGGAUGUCACUUCCUGUUGUAUUGGAUUUUCAGAAUGAAGUGUACUGCACUACUUUACCUGGACGUUAGAAGAUGAGCUUUUGGACCACGAGAACAAGAGAGGAGAAGACUUUCUCUUUCAUUUUGAACAAAAAAUUAAAUCACUGGAAUUUUCUAAAA